AUUCAAACUCUAUCUUUGCCGAUAAAAAAAACCUCUCUAUGACUCCAUAGCAGUGCUCUAAGAUGCAAGUGUAGGUCUGAUCUCAACCUUUUGAUUCAGCACAUACGAUGAAAAGAAGAUGAAAAGAAGAGCACCUUCUGAUUCCUUGCAUCCACACUUCUGAUUCCCUGCAUCUACAUUUUUUCUAUUGUAUUCCCAAGAAGGACAAAAUGUCAAAAGAUUGGCAGAAUCGAAUUGAUGGUGAGCCUUCUCCAGCAUACAGUCACUCAGAUUACUUUUCUAUACAAUGGCAUACAAUUGAUGAAGAUUUCAAGUUUAAUGAUGUGGGCUGGAUUGAUUAUUGUUCAUUUGAUAAGAUUUCAAAAAUGGAGAUAGAUCGUAUGGCUGAAGAGUGUGGAUUGGUUGGUGGUUGUUUGAAGCUAUUCUGGAAGCAUCCAAACAAGAUUUCUGGUAAUAGUGAUAUGAAUUUAGAGACUGACCGUGAUGUACUAGAAAUGUCAUCUUUUGUUACUGCAGACAGAAUUUUGCAUAUUUAUGCUAAGAUUGGGGAAACAACUGAGAAUGAAGUGCAAUGUGCAAGUAGUAAACGAUAUGAUGAUAUCGAUUCAGAAUUCUUGCAUUCCAAUCAUGAUAGUGAAACUAGUCAUGAUGAUAUUGAUUCAGACCUGUAUGAUUCAGAUUAUGAUCUUCUCGAGGAUGAUAUUGAAAAUGAUGAUGACUUAUUUGACCAGUUUAUAUAUAAAGAGGUAGAGAAACAUGGUGCAAACAAUCUUAAUACAUGUGGUCAUGAGUCAGAUGCUUCAGUGGAUACAAUUUAUGCUCCAUCAGAUGAGCUUGAUUCAUGUUCAGAUGAUGAGUCAGAUGGUAGUCAUGGCACCAUAAGAAAGUCACACUGGUCAGUUUUUAGUGAAACAUAUGACAUGAAAAAUCUCAACUUUAAAGUUGGCAUUAUUUUCAACACUUUCAAGCAGUUUAAAGAUGCAGUGAAGAUGGCUUCAGUAAGAUCAAAGGACCAGGUUGUUUUCUGUCCAAAUAACAAAGAAAAAUGCAGAGCCAUAUGUAAAAACAAAUGUGGUUUCUACAUAUGGGCAUAUCUCACAAAUCCAGAUAAGAGUGCAGUUCAGAUCAAAAGUGCAAACCUGAAACAUCAUUGUGCAAAGGUGAAUUACAACCGACAUUAACGCAAAGUUCAUCGCAAAUUAUUACAGUGAGAGUUUUAGAAUUGAUCCUACAUGGUUGAUUGCAAAUAUACAAACAAGUGUUAAAUGGGAUUUCAGUGUGGAGAUUUCAAGGAACACAGCUUGGAGAGCUAGAGACAUUGCCAUUAGGUUUAUUCAUGGAGAUGAGAUUAAGCGAAUGGAAAGGUUGCAAUCAUAUGGACAUGAACUUUUAAAAAGCAAUCCAGGGUCAACUGUUGUGUUUGAUUUGGAUGAUCAAGUGUUUAGGUUGAUGUAUGUAUGCAUCGGGUCCUUGAAAAUAGGAUUCAAGUGUCGUAUGAGGCUUAUUUCAGUUGAUGGCACUUGGUUGCAGGGUAUAUAUGGAGGCCAAUUGUUAACCGUUGUGGAUAUAGAUGCAAAUGAUUGCAUUUAUCCCUUUGCUUGGGUUGUGGUUCAAAGGAAGAACAAAGCAAACUGGAAGUAGUUUUUAGAGCUUGUUGCAAAAGAUGUUGGGAUUGGUGAAGACGGUCGAUUUUGGGCUUUUAUGUCCGAUAGAUAGAAGGGGUUGAUCCCUGCAAUUGAGGAAUUAUUUCCGGAAGCUGAGCACAGGUUCUUCAUAAGACAUAUAUAUAUAUACCAAUUUCACGCAACUCACGUUUGAAAAAAAAAGUUUUGUACAAAUGACGUGGCAACUUAUGAUGUGGAUAAAAAUAAUGACUAUGAUGUAUUACGUGGAUUUUCGGCUGCCAUGUGGCGUUUUUUCACCGGAAAAUUGAGUACUACCGCCGGAUGCAACAUUUAAAGAUAGUUGAGGUACUGAUUUGCUUCAUUAAAAACUUAAGGUACUAAAAUGCAACAUUACCCAUAGUUAAGGUACUGUCUAUGCAUUUUACUCAAAAUAUGCUGAAGCGUUCCGCCAGUGCCACUCGUUAAUUUCGUGACUCUGUUGGGUUGCAGAUAAAAAUAAAAAUAAAAACGAGAAAAAUGUGAAAUGAGUAAGUUAACUUGUAAGUGGGGUUGUAAACGAACCGAAUCGAGUCGAAUAAUGAGAUAUUGUAUUUGUUUAAUAUUUUCAAAUACAAAUUCGAAUUCAAAUAUGAAACAAAUAUUAAUUUUGAUUUGUAUUUGUAUUUGUUUAACAACAUGAAUAGUUAAUGAUUCAUAUACGAAUAUCGAAUCGAUUUGAACAUAGGUUAAAUAUUAGUCAAAUAUUACUCUAAAAUAAUUUUUUUAUACUCCUUAUUUUUUAUGUUGUAAAUGCAUGCUGUGACUUAAUAUGUGUUUUUAGAAUUAAAAUUUAAUGGAUCAAUGCAUUUUUAGAUGGUGUACCAUAUACUAAAGUGAAUUACUUUUAUGAUUAAUUAAUAUAAAUCUAUUUCAAACUUUUUGAAAUAAACACUAACACACAAAUAUUAGAAAUUAUAGUUAUAAUGUGUAAAAUAAGUUGAUAAUUGUAUAUAUCAAAGUCAAACAACUCUAAUUUUAUUCUUCAAAUCUAAUACAUAGUUAUUUGUAUUGUAUUUGAAAGACAUUUGAACCAAAAAAUUGAUUUGUAUUCAUAUUUAUAUUUUGAUUUAUUGCAAAAGGGCUUGGAAUCUGUAUGCAAAAAAUGUAUAUGUAGACUACACUUUGAUGUAAUUGCCAUCUUUUAAAAGUUAUUAUAGUGUUAUUACUAUUAUUAUGAAUAUUGACAUUAAUAUUACCAUUAUUAUUAAUCGAAUAUAUUUGAUUAAUAUUUGAAUUGAAUACACAAAUAUUCUUAUUUGUAUUUGAUAACAACUCGAAUCAAAUUUAAUAUUCUUAUUUGUAUUUGAAUUUUCCGAAUUUGAAUCGUCUUAUACGAAUUCAAAUCGCGAAUCGAGCACAAAUUAUUUGAUUCGUUUACAACCCCACUUGUAAGCAUCCACUAAAGUGAGGACCAGAGAAGUAAGAUUAUCAAUUAUGCCUCGACCAUAAAGAAGUUUACAGAGUUAUGCUACCUGUACAUUUUUUUGAAUACUUUUAUUGUGCACAUCGCCUAGCUAGUUGCGUGUGUACAUAGAAGCUUCAAAAUGAGUUGUAUGUGUACACACAAUUAUGUGGUGUGUACAAAAGAGGUGUAUAACACUAUAAAUGACAUAUAUAUCUAUAUCAUCUAUAUCUAUAUCUAUAUCUAUAUCUAUAGCUAUAUCUAUAUCUAUGUCUAUGUCUAUAUCUAUAUCUAUAUCUAUAUCUAUAUCUAUAUCUAUAUCUAUAUCUAUAUAUUUAUAUCUAUAUCUAUAUCUAUAUCAAUAUCUAUAUCUAUAUCUAUAUCUAUAUCUAUAUCUAUAUCUAUAUCUAUAUCUAUAUAUAUAUCUAUAUCUAUAUCUAUAUCUAUAUCUAUAUCUAGGUUUUGGUUCAAAUAAGAACAUGAUCUUAGGAGAGAAAUGAGAAUGAAUCUGGACCGUUAGAUUUGUUGUAAGUGAAAUUCAAUGUGCAUUAGAUGAAAAUGUAAUGUGCAUUAGGUGAAAUUGAAAUGUGCAGCACAAAUGGUACGAUACAGUGACAUUAUGUGAAGCUGAAUUGUGCAUUAUGUGAAAUUGAAAUGUGCACUAGGUGAAACUGAAAUGUGCGGAAAUAAAAGACACGAUGUGAUGUUAUUUUUGUACCUUUUAUUUCGCACAUUUCAAUUUCACCUAAUGCACACUUUAGUUUAAAUUUUUAUUCUGCACAUUUCAAUAUCAUCUGAUGCACAUUUCAGUUUCACCAAAUGCACAAUCCAGAUCCACAUAAUACAAUCCAACGGUCCAGAUUCGUUCUCAUUUCUCUCCUGGGAGUCCAUUCUUACCAGAACCGCUCCCUCUAUAUCUAUAUCUAUAUCUAUAUCUAUAUCUAUAUCUAUAUCUAUAUCUAUAUCUAUAUCUAUAUCUAUAUCUAUAUCUAUAUUAUAUAUAUUAUACAUUCAAAGGUCAUAAUUGCCAUGUGGCAUUCUUAUGUUUACCAUUACCACGUGUCAUUCUUAUAUUCACCAUUGCCAAAGGUCAAUUUUUAAUCAUUCUUAGCCACAUCUCGGACAGUUCUUAUUGGUGUCUUGAACGUGUAUGUAUUUUUGGAAAGUAUUACCAUAUUCAUGGUACUUUAAUGCGUAGUAUCAAUUUAGCUGCAUCACCCACUUUGACAUAAUGGACUGCAAUAUGUAGCCUAAAUCACUGCCUUUUUUUCUCUACAUCACUACCUAUGCAGUAUGUAUUUUUGGAAAGUAUAUUACCAUAUUACCAUAUUUAACAUAAUUGACUGCAAUAUGUAGCCUAAAUAAAUGCCUUCAAAAUAUUUGCAUUUAUUUAAAUAUAUAUUACCAUGUUAACUUCUUGCAUGACACCGUGUGCACUUGUUUUGGUAUUACAAGUGGUGUUAACCUGCAGCAAAGCACCUCUUUAAUCUUCCCUAUAAAUCAUCUUUCAACAGAGUCAAUAAACAUUCGAAUUUGUUUAAAUAUAAUACAUUACCAAAUUAACUUCUUGCAUACCACCGUGUGAUUCAUUUUAGUAUUACAAGUGCUAUUUAUUGCUACCAUAUUAAACUCACAAUCAAAGUGUGAACUCACCAAUUUUCACAAUUGGCCACUUCAACCACAUCUACAUAUUAGCUCUCAAUCAAAUCACUUAUCACCCGUAUUACAAUCAAAUCACAUAACAUAUCCAACCUGCAUUCAAAUAAUUUUACUUUAUUUGUAUUGCAUGUUAAAGUUCAAAGUGUUGCAUAUUAUUGACAGAGCCGGCCAUGGGGGCUAGGCACCUAGGCAGUGGCCUAGGACACCACUCCCAAGGGGCACCCUUUUUUAAUGGAAGAGCUGUUAUUAUUAUAUGUAUAAAUAUAUUAAUAUAGUAAUACUCGUAAGUUACGCCUUUAGGCUUUAGCGGCGGGACAACCUGGACUAGUGGAGUAGUUAGGAAUUGGAAUAGUCAAAUGUCAAAGUCUACAAAAAAAAUCAAAUCAAAUAAUAAUAUAUUAAUAUAUUGACAAGUACAUCAAUAAUGGGUUAUGGAAGGGCUGCUGCCUGGCCGGAUGGCCCAAUAGGAAUUAGGAAAUUAGAAAUAGUACUCUAUAACUCUAUUAGUCAUUUAGUCUAUUACCCUAGUAACCUACUUAGCCCUAGUAGCUAUUAAGUAAAUUAAAAUUUUAAAAGUCCGAAGCAUACCAUACGAAGGCGGAAGUGCGGAACUCGCGGAGUCUCAACGGACGUCGUGACGGUAGCUGACUAACCAGUCUGCAAACCAGUGUCUACUAUGACGGGAAAAAGGAAACAAGAGUCAGGGGCUUCAAAGAGAAAAAUAAAGAAAAGAAAAGAUGAAGAAGUCCAAUCUUUUGCGGGUUCCAUGGAUAGGUAUGUAAAAAUAAAUCCUUCUCCAUCGACCUCAAACAAAAAUCUCGAGGCAAAUGAUAAAGAUGAGAAUGAAAAUACUGGUGUUCAACUUGAGAACAAAAACGAAAACAAGGAUGAGGGUAGAUGUGUUUUAGAUGAUGAAGAGGCGGAUGUUGAUGUUGAGAAUGAUAUUGUAGAUGUGUUGCCUGUUAUUCUUGAUAUGACCGAGUUAUGUGAUCCAGGUAACUGGAAAGUACCUAUUUCACAAAAAGAAAAAGAUUUUCUAGUUGACAAGGGGCCAAUAAGAAUUACUGGUCAUGAUUACCCCGUUGAUAAAAAACGGAGUUUUAGUGACAAACACUAUACUCGGUGCUUGACAAAUGGUGAAAAAUAUGACCGCCCAUGGUUAGUGUAUUCAAUUUCAAAAAACAAAGUCUUUUGUUUUUGUUGUGUCUUGUUUAAGAAAGGUGGAGUAUCAAGCCCAUUGACUACCCUAGGUGAAGGGUAUAACGAUUGGCACAAUAUACAUCGUAGACUUGCAGAACAUGAGUUGAGCAAUGACCAUAUUCGUAGCACUGAAGUUUGGAGAGAAGCAGAAAUAAGACUGAAAAAGAAGACAACCAUUGUUGCUUUUCGGGAAAGAGUGAUUGAUAAAGAGAAGGAGUAUUGGAGAGCUGUGUUGAAAAGAAUCAUGAGUGUUGUUAAAACUCUUGCUACUUGUAAUAUUGCAUUUUGAGGUGAUAAUGAAAAGAUUGGAGAUGAGAAAAACGGAAACUUUCUCAAGAUCAUCAAUAUGAUUUACGAGUUUGAUCCAAUAAUGGAAGAACACCUUAGGCGUAUACGCAAGAAAGAGAUUCGGAAUCAUUAUCUUGGUCAUAAUAUUCAAAACGAGAUGAUACAAUUAUUAGCAGGUGAAGUAAAAAAGAAGAUCAUUCAAGUUGUUAGAGAUUCAAAAUAUUUCUCCAUUAUUCUUGAUUGCACGCCAGAUGUGAGUCAUGAGGAGCAAAUGACACUUAUAAUAAGAUGUGUCAAUGUGUCUACUACUCCGGUAAGAAUUGAAGAGUUUUUCAUUACAUUUGUGAAGGUAGUUGAGACAACGGGAGAGGCUCUCUUUGAUGAGCUUAAGUGCUUACUUCAGACCCAUGAACUUGAUUUCAGUAAUAUGAGAGGACAAGGUUAUGACAAUGGUUCAAACAUGAAAGGGGGCAAUAAAGGUGUGCAAGCUAGAGUGCUAAAAGAAUAUCCUAGAGCAUUUUACACGCCAUGUAGUUGUCAUUCUCUUAACCUUUCCCUCUGUGACAUGGCAUUGAGUUGUUCACAAGCAAAAACUUUCUUUGAUGCUGUACAACGAAUUUACAAAUUAUUUUCAGGUUCAACAAAAAGAUGGGAGAUUUUCAAAACAUUUGUCAAAGAUCGUGAUGGAAAGGGUCUUACCCUAAAGUCGUGGUCGGAUACACGUUGGGAAAGUCGUAUUGCUAGCGUUAGAGCAAUCAGAUUUCAGGCACCACAAAUACAACAAGCAUUGGAGCAUUUGAUGAAAAGUAGUAAUGAUGCUAGCACUUUGCAUCUGCCGAAAGAAGUUUUUCAAAGUUGAAGUUAAUAAAGAAUUAUCUACGCUCAACAAUGUCACAAGAGAGGUUAAGCGGGCUCGCUAUGCUAUCUAUUGAAAAAAAGUGUUAUCUACUCUUGAUUGUGGUGAUGUACUUACAAAUUUUGCACAUCAAAAAGCAAGAAGAAUAGGUUAUUAGGUAGUACUUUUAUAAUUUUAUUUAUUUCUUCGAAGAAUUUAUAUUUUCACAUACUUUAUAUCAAUUUUAAGUCAAGUAUUUCUUUUUACAUUACUUCAUAUUUAAUUAUGUUAUUAAUUUGAAGUACUAUUUGAUCUCAUUAGUCAUUUUUGUCUGGGGCACCAAAAAUCCUG